CUGUCGAGCUGCGCGCGCCCCAAAACUUUGAGACCUGGUCGCGGGUGGAGGCUUUUCAGAUGGGAACCAGGGAGGACUCCAGGGUUCGGGUCUCGGCUGCGGACUCCUCGAGGUCCCCAGUACCCCGCGUAAUCAGCUCAGGCCGCGUCCCUCCAGCCCUACACUUUCCCUCCAGUUAUGCUGCCUCCCUCCGAGGCCUCCCCUCCAACUGAAGGGGAAAAGGGGGGUCACCUGCCAGAGGGUCUGGGGCGCCAGGACCUGUCCCUGGACUUCAGGCUCCGUCCCAGGGUCCAGGCCCCGCCCCCCAUAGCUUAUCCCUAGCCGGGGCUCCCCCCGUGGGAACGGGGACCAGCUGGCCGGAAGCGCCAAACUGCGUGCCUGUCCGAGCCCCGGGGAUCAAUCAGGCCGAGGAGUUAAUUAUGUAAUGAGGGGGCAGGGGGUCGGGGCUAAUGAAGCCGCCCGGGGGGGAGGGCGGCGGGAGAAGGGGAGGGUACCCAGGUAUCCGGUCCUCUCUUGGACCCCUUCGAGGCCCCAGGGGUCUCCACCCCAGCCCAACUCCAGGGCCCCAAAGAGGGGAGGGGCUGUGAUCCUGGGUAUGGAAGGGGCUGAGCUGUGAGCUAUAAAGGGGACAUCUCUCAGCACCGGGGGACUCUAGGCAGCGGGACCUGAGGCCAGACAGGACAACAACAUGUACCAUCCACGAGAGUUGUACCCCUCCCUGGGGCCUGGCUACCGCCUGGGGCCCCCCCAGCCCAGGGCAGACACCAGCUUCGCGCCCGCCCUGGCAGAGGGCUACCGCUAUCCCGAUCUGGAUACCUCUAAACUGGAUUGCUUCCUUUCCGGGAUUGAGGCUGCUCCCCGCACCCUGACUGCGCCCCCACCUCUGCCCCUUCUGCCCUCGUCCCUGGGCACUGAGCCAGCCCCACCACCUCCAGAGGCCCUUCAUUCGCUCCCUGGGGUCAGCCUGAGCCUGGAGAACCGGGAGUUGUGGAAGGAGUUCAGCUCUGUGGGAACAGAGAUGAUCAUCACCAAAGCCGGGAGGCGCAUGUUCCCUGCUUGCCGAGUAUCGGUCACCGGCCUGGACCCUGAGGCCCGCUACCUGUUUCUUCUGGAUGUGGUGCCAGUGGACGGGGCUCGCUACCGCUGGCAGGGCCGGCGCUGGGAGCCCAGUGGCAAGGCGGAACCCCGCCUGCCUGACCGCGUCUAUAUUCACCCUGACUCGCCUGCCACUGGUGCCCACUGGAUGCGACAGCCUGUGUCCUUCCAUCGCGUCAAACUUACCAACAGCACGCUGGACCCCCACGGCCACCUGAUCUUGCACUCCAUGCACAAGUACCAACCCCGCAUACACCUGGUGCGGGCCGCCCAGCUUUGCAGCCAACACUGGGGGGGCGUGGCCUCUUUCCGCUUCCCCGAGACCACAUUCAUCUCCGUGACAGCCUACCAGAACCCGCGGAUCACACAGCUGAAGAUUGCAGCCAACCCCUUUGCCAAAGGCUUCCGGGAGAAUGGCAGAAACUGUAAGAGGGAGCGGGACGCCCGUGUGAAGAGGAAACUGCGGGGCCCAGAGCCAGUAGCCACAGAGGCCUACAGGAGUGGAGAUGCACCUGGUGGUCCCUGCGACUCCACCCUGGGUGGAGACCUUCGUGAGUCAGAUCCAGAGCAGGUCCCAGCCCCUGGGGAAGCUGCCCCUGCCCCAGCUCCUCCAUGCGGUGGCCCCAGUGCCGAGGCCUACCUCCUGCAUCCCGCAGCUUUCCAUGGGGCCCCUGGUCACCUUCCAGCCAGGAACCCCAGCUUUCCUGAGGCUCCAGACUCUGGGCGCUCAGCCACCUACUCAACUGCAUUCCUAGAGCUGCAGCCUGGGCCAGGGGGCUCAGGGUAUCCAGUAGCUCCACCAGCAGCAUCCUUUGCCCCACACUUCCUCCAAGGGGGCCCCUUCCCGGUACCAUACCCUGGGGCUAGUGGUUACCUGGAUGUGGGCUCCAAGCCAAUGUACUGAGCCAUGGCUGGGCCCCUUUGCCUCCCUCCAUCUUCCAGGACAAACCUCCACUUCCCUUCCCCCAGCCCUGUAGCCCCCUCACUGCCACCGACCCCAUCCCCCACACCAAAUGGCUGCCUUAGGCCUGCCCCCUGGCUCCCCCCUUCACACCUUGAUUUCACUCCCACCAGCUCUGGCUUCAAAGCUCAGGCUGGGCUGCUGGGAGUCCAGCUGGGGCCAGCUUCCCCUUCCCGGCUCUCACCUCGGUGUGAAUGGAGGGAGGCUCUGCCUGGCCAAAUGGGGCCACAGACCGGCACCCCCACCUCGACGGCCUCUUCCUUGGGCCGGGUGAGUUCUGCCCCCUCACCACUGGUGCAGGCCACACCAGUUUGUUCUCAGGACCAAAGUAUUUUUGUUAAUAAAACUCAAAAGACAUCAGUGCUCAG